AUGUCAUUUAAGAGUUCAAAAUCUAUAGAAUCCAUUGAUCUGCUUGUAGAACUAUUGGAGGUACAUAAACCACAUUUGAAGCCAUAUUCAGAAAGGUUGAAGAGUUGGAUAGAUCUGUUAGAAGAAUACAAUGACGUAGCUGGUACACAUUAUAAACAAUCUAGAACAUUAAAGAAAAGGUUUGAAAGGGUAGUAGACGCGUAUCGUGUAGAUAAGAGUUUACCUGCUUGCCAAAAUACAGAUUUAUUGUCAAAAUUGAUUGAAGAGUAUAACAAGCCAUAUAGAUUGCUGCAAAAAUCAGACUAUGGACAGAAUAACCUAAGCCGUUCUCGUCUUCCUAUACAGGUUGAUCCAUCUUUAUAUCAGGUUUCAAAUAGUGCGAAUAAAAAUAAAAAUAUUGAGUUGCAAGAUGAUAAUAAGAAAGGAGAUUCAACCACAUUUGAUGUGACAUCAAAUUAUGAUACUCCACUACAAACUAUACGUGAAGAAGAAAAUGAACCAAUGCAUAACACAAUUAGAAAUCAUAUAACAAGAAAGAAUUUAAAACGAGCUAAAGGGAGAGUUGAAAAGAUUUCUGGAUCCAUACAGGGACAAAAAUCUGGUGCAAUGAAUGAUAUUAAUAGUUUUGAUAUGGAUGAUUUAUUACGUUCUGAAGAACAAAGUAAAGAAUCUUCAACACAACCUCCACCAUUAGAUACAAUCGCGUUAGGGAUGCCCCGAGCGUAUGAAGAUUCCGAUGAGAGAGGCUGUUCAUCAGAUAGUGCAGCAAUGCCUUCUGUAGCGGCAGGGCCCACAAGAUAUUAUUCAACUUCUACCAAUACAAACAAGACAGGAUCAAUGUAUUAUCAGAGCACCAGAACAGAUCUACCAAAAUCUAUUUUCUUCAUUGAUCAAAAUAAUAAAUUGGUGGAAUUAACAUCCACUAAUGGUUCUAAUAUGGCUGUUUCCGGUACUGCAUUGGAUCCAGAACAGCCACAUCCAAGAAUAAUUGAUAACAAUGUAACUGAUAGUUUAAUAAGGCACUCUGAGCUAUCAAUACCCAUGUCUCAAAGUGCAAACAUUAUAUUACCUUCGAGAAGGCAAGAAAAGUUACCAUCAGGAAAGAGAUAUGAUAAACCUUCGAAACCAUUUAAAUCGACAUCGACAUCUUCUUAUACCCAAGAAUCAUCAAUUCUAAUUGAGUUGAACGAAAUCAGAAACGAGCAACAAAACUUCCAGAAUACAAUUAAAGCAAGGCUAGAUGUAAUCACAGAUUUGUUAUUGAAAAUAACCCAACAAGCGAAACCAAUAGCAACGACUAACAAAGUACCUGCAAAAACCAAAAAUAUACAACAACCACACAGAUGA